AUGUAGCAAGACAGGGUGACGUAACUGAUAUCGAAAUUGUGUGCCUGGCGCCGAAAGACCCAGCUAACCAGGCAGUGUCCUACGCUGGCAAUCGCGGUGUCUACAGAGAGGUCUGGGAGUACAGUGAACCAGCGUCCAUGCCUGCCUUGACUGACCUGCCGGUCGGUGACCCCACAGAGGAUCCCGCCUGGACAGACGGAUUCUUCUGGACCAACCGUUCCGAGAGCUAUUUCUCCCGCAUGAGGGGAUUUUUCAUUCCGCCCAACGACAACGACUAUCAGUUUGUGUUACAAGACUGUAAAAAGCCCUCCGAUGACUUCAUCUUGUACUUCAGUCCAAAUGGAGCCGAAGAUGAGACGCUGGAUAUUUUCGAAUGUCCGGAUUCCGGGCGACGCUGGUCAGAGAGGUACACGCUGUCCGGGAGCAAGAGGUACUACAUAGAAGUUCGCUACAGGCACGAGUGGACCAACCACACUCAGCAGGACAGGGGCGUGGCCAUGAAGAUGUUCAACACGGACUAUGCAGGAGGGCAGAACUACCACGCACAGAGCGAGAAACAAGAAAUCAAAAUCACGUCAACCAUUAUUCGCGAAAAACAGCGAAUCAGCCUUGGCAGUGAUGUUCAAGACUUUACCCUUCAAUAUGGCGGAGUUCAGUCAGAACCAAUCCAAGCUGGCUCCUCUCCAAGACAGGUGAGGAGAACUGUUGAACAGAUGUUCCAGACCUUGUGUCCUGGCGAAGUGGCCAAUCCCAACCAGGCUAUCAGACAGUUCGCUGAGGACUACGAGGGCGACCCAAGGCGAUCAGAGACAGGCAGUAGGGUGGAAGCUGAUGAGACUGAACCUUUCUGUGGCCGGAAGUCUCUCAAGAAUCCGUCACAUCUCUAUAAAAGCAACCCAGACCACAACCUCUACGGUAUCGAUCCAAGCAUGGACAAAGUGGUGUGCUUUGCCUACAAGGGUAACAUGGCUUCAAGAAUCGGCUUCCGUUUCCGGUACGACAUGGACGGGGAGCAGGAAGAGGAGACUACUUGGUUUGGACCUGAAAAUGACACUAGUCUGGACUUCGCUGCCGACAGAGAAUGGAAAUACUCCUGCGUCAACCUCCAGGCCUUAUUUUCCACCCUACGAUUGCCAGCAUCCAACCUCAGAAUCCAGGACAUCCAGGUGGAACCGGCAGAAGAGUCGGAUGACUUCUUCAUCGACAACUUUUUCAUAGGCAAAGUGGAGCCCAUGCGACCAGAGGACGUAGCAAAUAGUCGUCGCCUGGCAGCUCAGCUCGGCGGCAACAUCGUCAGGGAAGUGGAGGUGGACAGAUGUGAUGGUGGAUAUGACGUCACAUUCAUUCCCUACAACUGUGGGCACAGCUUCCCUCCCGUGGACGUACAGGUGACGUGCACAGGGAACUGUGAUGUUAACACUGAGCAGCUGCAAGCGGCAAGUCUUCCUGUGCAGGGCGACUUUUAUAUUACAUUCGAUGGCAGAGUUGCUGCAGUACGAGCAAAUGCCACAGAGGAUGACCUGGCCGACAUCCUGAAGCUGGAGCUUGGCAUUGACGCUCAGGUUGACCGUGAAGGAGAUUGUUCUGGCUACGAGUGGAAGAUCGAAUGGCUGCUCGAUGGAGGCGAUAAAGUUGAUCUCGAGGUAGAUGGAACAGACUUGACAGGAAACGAUGUUAAGAUUGAGCAGAGUACCACCAACCAUGGCGGUCUGUGGUUUGACCCCAUCCCGGGAGAUAUGCUGCGUACACGGCAUGGUACACCACAGGUGGAGGUUUCUAUCAACAACAUCCCAUCCCGAUGUGAGGGAGACUGCAGCUUUUCCUGGGCGACACACAACACUCCCACUGUAACGAGUGUCAGCCCCAACCAAGGACAACGCGGGACUGAAGUUGAGAUUGUCGGCACUGGUUUCAGUAUUGACUGUAAUGACAUGAGGGUGCUCAUUGGUCUUACGGGGGAUACUGACGAAGGCGUGGUCUGUGAACCAACUGCCUGCACCAGCAGGUCUAUACGAUGCACAGUUGGGGAUUCUGGACGAGGACAGCAUGCCGUGAAGGUGUACGUGUUGCCGCACGGAAACGAUCCAGACGCCAACCCGAACGGCAGAGCCACUGGAGACGUGUUCUUCACAUACAUGGGAGCCGUUGCCGGGAUCAGCCCAACAGCCUCUGGAGUAGGAGGGGGUGUUGAAUUGAAUAUCACGGGAUUUGGUUUUGCUGAUGAUGACGUCCCCAGAGUUGGUGGAAAAGAUUGUGACGUCAUCUCCCAUAGCAACGAACACAUCCUCUGCCUUGUAGCUCCUGGAUCUCCUGGGACCGUAGAUGUCACCAUCAAUGGCGACGGAGGUGCCGUCAUGCAAGCUGCAGAUAGCUUCACGUACAACGUCAGUCUAACCCCUAUCAUCACAGCUUACUCCCCUAACCAAAUUAUCGUUAAAGGUGGAGAUACUUUGACAAUCGAGGGUUCAGGGUUUGGACAUUCGACAUCUCUUUUCUUCAGAGGUUCUGAAGAGAUCUUGGAGGUUGCAGCGACUGUAAACGGCUCUAAGGUUACAUGUUCCCUGCCUGCCCUGGGACCAGGAAAGUACGACAUUUUGCUGCACGUCGAUGGGGCUGGAUAUGGCGUAAUGGACGGAUCCGCGUUAUUCCCGACCAUUGAGUACGUCCUGUGCGUGACGGGAAUGUACCCAUCUCGAGGCUCCCUGUCCGGUGGGACAGUUGUGGGCAUUUCUGGAGUGGGUUUCAGUUCAAAUGUCGAGGAACAUGCCGUUAUGUUCGGUGAUACAGUUUGCGAGGUCUUCUCCAGCUCCUCUACGGAGGUUUGGUGCAGGAUGAGGACCGCUGGUAGACGGCAUGUCGUGGACAACAAGGGAGCGCAUCCAAACCUUGGCAUAGGCUACGCCUGGAGCCAAAGUACCCUGACCAUCGAGGAAGGAGACACGGUGGAUUGGACCUGGUCACCCCCUACACAAGGUGUUGGAUUUGCCGUCAGACAGACUACCGGGACAGAUGGUGAACUGCUGCCAAACGGCUUCUCUAGUGGACCAAAGUCUAGCCAAGGCUCCUACUCCUACACAUUUAAUACCGUGGGCGAUUUUUACUACUCAAGUGGCUGCGUUGAUGACAACUGCGAUAUCGUCAUGCGUGGGAAAGUGGAAGUCGUCAAACCCGUUGACCACACAGAGAUCUUGUCAUUCAAGCUCAAUGGCAUGGAAGCAGUCUACGAUCCUACCGGAACCGAACCUGCAUUGGAAGAGACAUGCCCAGGUUCAACAAGUGAAGUUCUGGGCUGCUCCGAAGAUCAGUCAAUUGCAUCUUCCAGCUCUCAGUUUAGCUACGUUUUCCGUGACUGUCUGACGGCGACUGUCACCUCAAUCAGCCCCACCCGCGGAACUGCCGGGCAGACCGUCACCAUUCAGGGUACGGGCUUCGGUACAAGUACAUGCGAGAAUGAGGUUCUGAUUGGUGGAUACUCCUGUGACGUGACAUCAUCAACAUCCAACAACAUCACGUGCGUGGUUAACCCUGGUAGCAACAUGCCGGUGGGAACCUUUCUCCCCGUGUCUGUAAACAUCAAGAAUCGCGGAUACGCCAGGAUGGCCAUUCUUGGAGGGGAAGAGUCUCGCAUGUUCGCUCUCAUGCCGAAGAUAACGUCUAUAUUCCCGGAACAAGGCUCUGUUGAAGGAGGAACCCAACUGACUAUCAGCGGAUCAGGAUUCACGUCUCCGGCUGACAGCACCACCAGCGCAGUCGGAACAGUCCCCUGCUACAUUCAGUCUCUGUCUUAUAAUCAAAUUAUUUGCGUAACCCAAGCGGCAUCGGAGAGAACCAGGGAAGUCACAGUUAGUCAGGUAGUGAACGGAUAUCGCAUUGACAGUGUUUGUGACGGACGAGACAACAGCGGAUGCCAAUAUGCCUACAGGAACUCGCAAACCCCAAAGGUCUCAGCUAUUGACCCAAGGACAAGUGGAUCUCCUGCCGUUUUCACAGUCGGUGGAAGUUUGUUUGGAACUUCUGUAGACGACAUAACGGUCAGCUUCGGAGAAAGGACUUCCUGUGUGGUUACGUCAGUUACUGAUGACGUCAUUUCCUGCACGGCUGGACACAUACCUGUGGGAGACCAGCCUGUCAGGGUGCAUGUAGCGGGACGAGGAAACGCCGCAUCAAGCGCGGUAGUGACCGGCCUGGCUGUCAUCAACACCAUGUCACCAACUCAGGGGAGUCAAGCCGGGGGCACGACCUUGACAAUCACAGGCAACGGUUUUGACAGUGACACCGAGGUUACCAUGAACGAAAAGAUCUGCGAAGUCUUGUUCGUUAAUCUUACCACUGUCACCUGCAUCACUCCCGCAGCGACCAAUGAAAGUGACCCCCUAGUUCAAGUAUCAGUGGUCUCGAAUGGCCAAGCCUAUCCCCCACAAGACUUCACGUACAGCUCAACUCUAACUCCAAGUGUGAGUGGUAUCAGCCCAGCUGUAGCCACCAGUGGGACGGCAGUAACGAUCACGGGGUCUGGGUUUGGCCAAACCACAGCAGACAAUGAAGUGUCCAUCGAUGGCGCUCCUUGUGUGGUUGACACAUCAUCAGACACAGAAAUCAUCUGUACUCUGGGAGAACACGUUGCCGGAAGUGACUACACCGUGGACGUGACGGUCGUCGAGAAGGGAACGGCGAGGUCCGCAGUCACAUUCAGCUACGAGCUGUCACUGUCUGCAGUGAUGCCAACAACAGGAAGUUUUGGAGGUGGCCGAAAUCUGACGCUAAUGGGAACUGGUUUUUCUGAAAACGCAACCGUCGCCGUGUGUGGUCGUCCAUGUCCCAUCAACAGUGUUGCUCCCAACUGGAUAUUCUGUGAGCUACCAGCAUAUGAUGGCUUAGCCAGUGGCACAGUGGUUUGUGAUGUUGCCAUCGUCGUCGGUAAAGAGACAAGAACUCUGAGCGACGCGUUCACCUAUGACAGCAGCCUGACCCCCGUCAUCGACUCCGUGUCGCCUGCCCUGGGAGGGACCGCAGGAGGAACCACUGUCACCAUCACAGGGACUAAUCUUCGUGGCAUCAGAAGCGUAACGAUUGCGGGAAGUGACUGCAUCAUCUCUGGAGUACCGUCGGAGACAGAGGUCGUCUGUGUGACUGAAGCCCACAGCGGCAGCGUGAGGGCCAAACUUAGGGCAGAGGGAAUAGCUGGAAUUGCGACACAGGGCAACGCAGACUUCUACUACGUGGAUAGAUGGUCCUCUGUGUACACCUGGGGCGGGGAAGGCUUACCCGAGGAGGGGGACUUUGUUAUUGUGCAUGCGGGACAGACGUUACUGCUGGAUACUGACACACCGAUACUCAGAAUGCUGCUUAUCCAAGGUGGAACACUGUUGUUCGAUGACGCGGGAAAUGUGCAUCUUCAGUCUGAGUACAUCCUCAUCACUGAUGGAGGGACUCUUCAAGUCGGUACAGAGGAGGCUCCAUUCCAACACCAGGCUACCAUCACUCUGCACGGAAACCUUCGCUCCAAGGAGCUGCCGAUCUAUGGCGCUAAAGUUCUGGGAGUUAGGAACGGAACGUUAGACCUACAUGGCUCUCCUGUCCCCGUAACGUGGACGCGGCUAGCCCAGACAGCAGCUCCAGGGGCGACAACGCUCGUUCUGGAGCAGCCGGUCACGUGGAAGGCAGGGGACAGCAUCGCCAUAGCAACGACUGGGUACCGACAUAGCCAGGCCGAGACGGAAGUGAGACAAAUAGCGUCAGUAGCUGCAGAUGGUGUCACCAUCACCAUUACAGAACCUUUGGACUACGAGCAUAUCUCUGUAGAGGAGACAUUCGCAAAUGGAAAAGUGACGCUGGAGACCAAAGGAGAAGUCGCUCUUCUCACCAGAAACGUCGUCAUCAGGGGUUCUGAUGAUCCUUCUUGGCACGACCAAAUUGAGGCCUGUGAGGAAGGUUUCGACACGGGGGAAUUUGUUACGCAGACUUGCUUCCAGGGUCGAUUCGGAGAAGAGGUCGGCAGUGACCAGUUCGGAGGCCAUGUUCUGAUCCACCAAUCAGAACCAAAUGCAGAAAGUGUCAGAGCCCGGAUUGAAUAUGUAGAGUUCACGUAUGUUGGACAAGCCUUCCGCCUGGGUCGCUACCCCAUCCACUCUCAUCUAAACGGCGACAUGAGCAACUCCUAUGUGCGUGGUAACGCCAUCCACCGCAGCUUCAACAGGGCCGUGACCAUGCACGGUACACACAACCUGCUGGUGGAACGUAAUGUGGUCUUCAAUAUCAUGGGAGGAGCUUUCUUCAUUGAGGAUGGUAUUGAAACGGGAAACAUCAUUCAGUAUAAUCUUGCUUUGUUCGUGAAAGCCAGCACCAGUCUGCUGAACGAUGACAUCACACCGGCUGGGUACUGGGUUACCAACCCCAAUAAUACCAUUCGGCACAACCAUGCAGCAGGAGGAACCCACUUCGGUUUCUGGUACCGUAUGCACAAGCAUCCCGACGGUGCGUCCUACAAUCCAGAAAUUUGUCCGCAGAGAGUUCCACUAGGAGUCUUCCAGAACAACACUGUCCACUCGCAGGGUUGGUUUGGUCUGUGGGUGUUCCAGGAGUACUACCCUGCUGAGGGAGGAAGCUGCGGCUGGGGUGCCAAGCCUCAGCCUGCGGUCUUCAGGGGCCUUACGGCGUGGAGGAAUGAGAAAGGUGCAGAGUGGGUGAAUGUUGGAGCUGUACAGUUCGAGGACUUUGUUCUGGCUAACAAUGAGAAGGCUGGGAUCGAGAUGAAGCGAAUCUUACGGCUUUCAGACUGGGGCUUUGCCAAAAUCACCAACGUGACACUUAUCGGACACAGUCAAAUCUCCACCAACAGAGAGUGCAGUACAGCUGGACUGGUUCUCCCGUUUGCCCGAUAUCUGACCAUCACUGGGGCAAAGAUGAUCAACUAUGACCGAGCUGGCUGUGCUGCUUUCCACGUCACCAGUAUCGACGGCACCUGCACGGACCUCUGCGCCGGUUUUCAAUACAGGGCUGAAGCUGUUGAAUACUAUUCCACACCCAACAAGGCUGCUUUUCGUUGGGAACACGAAGGGUGGAUUGAAGAUUUAGAUGGGUCCGUAACAGGGACUGUUGGAGGUAAAGUGAUCCCCUCCUCCGCAACCUUGCCUCCCACGUGUGUGGAGAAUGCUGAGUUCAGUACAGGCAGUUACCCAGGGUCGGUCUGCACUGAUGCUGGUAUCAGGUUUUACCGUUUCGGUUUCAAAGGAGUCCAGCCGGAAUCACUUGACAUGAGGAACGCCAUCCUCAAAAAUGAGUAUGGGAACACUUCUGUGCCCUGGUCUAUGAAAAGAAUGACUCACAAGCCAGGGUGGAUGCUGAUUCUGGUUGGGAAGACACCGUACACUUUCAGCUUCAAGGACUCUUCUCAUAUCACCAACCUGACGUACUCAGGCACCUUUUAUGACAUGGAGGACACCGACUACAUCAUCAUGCAGCACAAAUUUACGCAGCGUCCCGACAGCUUCUCGCUUGGCGAGGGAGAUGACCGGGAAGAGUCUGUGGCAGCGAUAAGUUAUGCCAACAAUGAUGACAAAGACUGGUACUUUGAUGAGGCAAAGACAUUCUCCUAUAUAGUAUCUGGUAAAGGAGAAUCAUCACCGGUAGAUCGAAGUGUAAAAAUGCAGGUUUACAGAUGCUUCUAUGAGGACUGCAUUCCCCCCGCUGACCCUAACGACGUGCCGCCUGACCGCCAGCGGCCUGACGACUACAUCAUGUACUCCACCCUCAGCUGGAAGAUGGACACUGACGGUUUCAUGGUUCCCAGUUCCUCUGUACCAGACACCAGGAGUAUUACUCUUCAGCAAGACGAUGACGUGAAAGUGAUGGGAGUAUCCUGGCUGGUGCUUGGUGAUUCAGAUGUACCAAAGCUUGGGAAACUCUACAUCUACACAGUCUUGGAGUUGUGGGAUCCUUCAAAUCCCUACACCAGGGAUUAUACACUGGAAGCCAGUCAUAUCUUCAUACAGGGAGGCCGGCUGGUCGUUGGCUGGGAAGAUAACCCAUAUCUUGGCAACAUCCAUAUUAUUCUCCACGGCGACCACAACACUCCCGAGAUGCCUGUUCCGAACGGGCCGACUGUUGGAGCGAAGGCAAUAGGAGUGUUUGGAGGCCUGGACCUGUUCGGUAAGAGUAGGAACGUGUGCUGGACUCAACUGGCCCAGACAGCUGCAGCAGGUGCAAACACCAUCACCCUAGCAGAUGCCGUCGACUGGCAGGUGGAUGAGGAAAUACUCAUCACCACUACCAGUUUCGAUGCCUGGGAGACGGAGACGUUUAAGAUCACCGAUGUAUCUGCAGACGGUAGAACGCUCACCCUGAAUUCCAGUCUUGCCUACGAACACAUCUACCACAGCGAUACGGUAGACGGAAAAUCCUACACCAUGGCAGCAGAGGUGGGGCUCCUCACCAGAAACAUCAAAAUUGAGGGUGCGGACUACCCGGGCCUCUUCACGGAGUCAUUUGGGGCCAGGGUGCUGGUCGGCUCCUUCAACACUGGAGGCCAAACAUAUACAGGCUACGCGAGGAUCAGGAAUGUGGAGUUUUACCACACCGGGCAGGAAGGGUGGAACGCUUUCUACGAUCCACGCUUCUCUCUGGCGUUUGUCAACACUGGAGACGUCUCCGAGGCAAAACCAUCUAAGGUCGAGAACAACGCCUUCCACAACGGCUUUUCCCCUGCUAUUGGCGUGUACGGAACAAACGAGUUGGAAAUCAUCAACAACGUUGUACAUCACACUGUUGGGCAAGGAAUGAUCAUCGAGGGGUCAAGAAACACCCUAAUAGGAAACCUGAUCGCCUUGUCCAUCUGGCCGGGAGCUUACCAGGACCGGAAAGAGGAGAACAGUGAGAAGUGGGAGGCAGCUCUGGAGAUCAUGGACGCCACAUACAUCGUGCUGAAGGACAAUGUUAUUGCCGGUGCAGAACGGAUCGGACUGCACCUAGACGGUGAGCCGUGCCCUGGUGCAGACAACCCGGUUGACAGUUGGAGUGGAAACGUCAUCCACUCAGCACUCCAUGGCGCCCACCUGUAUGAAGACGGCCUUCCAGUGUGCUCAAUGGUCUCCAACUUCCUAAUCUACAAGUGCUACAGCUAUGGCGUCUACUUCCAAUCUGUGUCCAGUGCCGUCCUUAAGAAUGUGACGUCUAUUGACAAUGGAAUCGGCUCAUUUACGUCAAUCAUAGGGCCGCCGUCUCUCUCACACCAGGGCAAAAACAAGUCUGUGUUGAUACAAGACUCCUUAUUCGUCGGAAGAAGUGCGUCCUUCAGCUGUGAAGAUGAUGUCUUGGACUUAAGAGACGACAAUAUUGAGAUCGCACAGGCACUAGGAGGCCUGGGCUUCCCCAGCGAGAAGGGCACCGCGGGAGGACACAUCGGUGUUUCUUUCCCCGGCUUCAUUUCUGCUUUCAGUGCCUCCCCUCAUCACCCAUGGGACUCUCAAAUGGACUACCCUGCAAAGAGGGGUAUCACCGGAAUAAAGGAUGUAACAUUUUCCAACUUCGGUGAAGCCUGUGGUGGUCUGCAGGAUGUCGCGCUUCAUACCUGGAACAGUAACGAAGACGGAAUGCACCCGAUUGAGACAGAGGGACUGAGUUUUGUAGAUGUUGAUAAAAACAACAUAGCCUUCUUUGGGCGACCUUCCCUACGAAAGAUCAACCCGGCUGACUGCGUGGACAUGGAAUGUGACGGGAAGAAGGAGACGUUUAUAAAGGACAGUGACGGCUCCUUGCUGGGAUCACCGGGAGCCCUCAUCCCGCAGGCGGAGUGGGAGUGGGACGGAGACCCCAGGAGAGGCCUCGGCGACUACCGCAUCCCGAAAACCAUGCUGGCUGAUUUGGACGGAAGACAGAGAAACAUCAGCGAAGUCGUGUACGGAGGAAGGGGUAUCAUUAGAACUCCGCAAUGUGUCAACAAUGACGAGCUUCAUGGUCACCUUUGUCACGAUCUGAACUACGAGAUGCUGGUGAUCGAGAGUCUGGAUGACGACACGGAGACCCGCAGGCUGUCACCUGUCGCACUCCUGGCUGAUGGGUACAUCGACCUGCUGAACGGACCUCAGGACCACGGAUGGUGCGCUGGCUACACCUGCCAGAAGCGUAUCUCCACCUUCUGGGCUGUCGUGGCCACAGAGAAGGAAUAUCUCAUCCACUUCAGCGGUCUCAGCCCCCAGAACCUGCAGCUCCAGCUCCUCAACACUGCCCCAGACAAGUCCUUGGUUGUCGGCAUCUACUACUGCAGGCCCGAGAGGUUGGACGUGUAUGUGGACGGUAGUUUCGUCGAACCAAAGAACUUCGACCCUGAUACAGGAGGAAUUGUAGCCGGGAAACACCAUCCAACAUUGAGCGAUUCUCCUGGAGCGAAUUUCAUGGACAUUGAAUGGCAGACCCUUUACUUCACUCUGUCAGGGUCUACUCCCGUAACGAUCAAACAGACCGACGUAAUUGUCCUGACCUUCGGGAUGCCGCCGGUGACGGUAGAGGACUUCUUCUCCUCUGACCAGUUAGUGACGAACCUCUGCCUGUUCCUGAACAUCCCGCCGGAGAAGGUACGAGUGAUGAACGUUGUGCGUGAAGACAGCCUGCGCCGUCGCCGUGCAGCCGACGGUAUGACAGUUGAGAUCCAGAUAGGAGACCCACCAACCCUGUUCCUUAACGAGUCUGCAGAUAGCAGCCUGUCUUAUGAUGAUCUGAUCGGCCUGACAGCCAUGAUGGUGAAUGCUGCGCAAGCAGGUGAACUGGACAGUGUGUUCGGAACAAACGUGACCAGCGUGUCUGUGGUGGAUCCCGUCCCGCCUGUGGGCAGCCAGCAGUGGCGGGAGAUGACCGUGGAGCAGACCGCGGCGGAUGAUUACCCCAUGCCGGGUUCCAUCAUCGUGCACACCCAGCCGGUACCUCUUCACGAGAUGGCCGUCUUCACCGUUCAACCCAGGAUCCAGGCACUUGACGCGGGGGGCAACCACAUGUUACACCUUGGCCACACCAGCUCCCCCUGGGAAGUCACUGCCUCCCUGCAGCUAGGAGAUAACAGCGACCCGAGGGCGGCCCUGAGCGGUACCCUCAGUGUGCCGUACGUUAACGGCUGGGCCAACUUUACUGACCUGACGGUCUCCCACAGCGGUGAGGACUACACAAUCCUGUUUACAGUGGAGCAGAGAACCCGUACUGAUCUGACUGUCCAAAGCGAGGCUUUCACAGUAACAACGAUACCAGUAAGAGCUGCUAUGUUAAGCCAGCCAGAGACAGCCACUGUUAACGAAGCUUUCAACCUUCAACUGGAGCUGAGGGACGCUGUGACCGGACAGGCGCUGACUGACAUCUCCUGGAAGGGGCAGACCUGGACAGUUUCCGUCUCUCUAAUGGAGCCUGUCCAGGGUUUGUACCAGGGCAGUCUCCGUGGCAACACCUCUGCAACUUUCGACGUCGUGACCGGCCAUGCCACAUUCAGGGACAUAUCCCUCACACACGCAAGUCGUUAUCAUCUUCAGUUCCACGUCACCGGUGGAACCCGCGACCCCCCCGUGCCGGAGUACGACUUCACCUUCUCCCCCGCCCCGAUCGAUGUAUUUGAACCGGGAUUCCAGAUGCCAUCAGGAGUUUCCAAGUCAGUACAGAUCACCUUCGAUGCUGACUUCUACCAGACGGUUGGAGAUCAUGAACUGUACUUCGAGACCUUCAUGAUGAACGUUCUCAACACCAAUUUCAGCACAGUGUACUUUACUGCCGCUAACGCCUACGCAGGAAGUGUAAUCGUGGACAUGACCGUGACGGGUGCGGGGGAUGAGGUGGAGGCGGCGGUGUUGCGCCUGUGGUACCAGGUCCAGCAGCCGAUGAAGGUCAUGUUUAACGGGAACACCAUGGAGACUAUCGGCGUCAUGUAUGUUGAUGGUCAGCGGUAUUAUGGUACGGAGGCGGUGAGUGCAGGACCGGAUGUGGUGAUGAUCGCUGCUGUCUCGUCUGUUGCUGUCCUCCUACUUGUGACCACCGUCUUCAUUGUCGUUUGGCUGAAGAAGAGAAAGUCGCGCAAGGUCGGCGGAACGCUCCCGGGGAUGGCUGAGGAGAAGAGAGAAGGAACCAACAUAGGGAGAGACUUCAGCCCGACAUCUGCUUUAGGCCUGAACAAGAAGGCUUUACCAACAGUCCAUGAGAUGAAGGACCUUGAGGCCAGUGUUGGGAAGGGCAAUGCCGUGUUCACGAUGCAGGAGACCGCGUUUGACAAGACUGACGUCCAGUCCCGCCCGCUGUCCCGGGCCUCCAUCUCUCCCCGCCCCGUCUCUCCCCCCGGCUACGUGUGUGAGGAAGGGGAUGACAUCCCCGAGCUCAGGAACGUGGCGGUCAAGCAGCUGAACAAGCUCUACCGUCACGGCGAGAUGGCGAAAACCUGGCUGGACAUGAAGAAACCUCUGAAUCAGGUUCGUGAGGAUUUGGUGGCCGCCUUCCCUGCCCGGCUGGGGUGGCAGGACUUCGUGUUCCUGACCACAGGACUGACUCACGUCGCCAUGGAGACUGAAAACAAGCUUCGUCUGAAAGACAUCGUUGAAGUUGGAGAAGAUGUUGUCACCAUUCACAUGGUGUAAGAACAGGCCACCGGGCGGAGCAGCGUCGGACUGGAGUUUGCAUCCAUGUAUUUGCGGCGUGCAUAAUUAGAAAUGAUUUUAGAGCUAGGUAAACCAAACGAUUAAAAGGCCAGUCUUCCUCAUUUCGUACAGGUCCUUAAAUACAGUUGUGAUCAAUGCAAUAAUUUACUUCGAUAUUUUUGGCUGGCCAACUAUUCAAUAUUGGCAGAUAUCAAACGAAAUUACAUGAAUCAACUUCAGUGUAUACGGAUACAACAUACAAAUCAAUGUAUUAUCUUGCUUUUACUCGUUUACA